CACUUUGGUAUCUGCUCGCGAACAAGCGCUCGGUCACCUUUUCGUCAAAAAUUUCUGUUUGUUAUGCAGAAUAUAUAGGAAAUCUAGACGAUAUUUGCUAUGAUUAUAAAUCAGUGUUCUGACAUUUCAAAAUAUCGAUGAUGUGAAUAUGAAUCUAUGCAAACACAAGUCAAAAACUUCGUACGAGAAAAGAUAAAUUGUGUCAAAUUGUAGAUGAAAUGUUUUAAGGAAUAUUGGCGGCGUUGGAGCAACAAUGCUAUGGCUAUGGUAUACAUUGACUCAAAUAUGAACCGAGAAUGACAAACACAAAGGAGAAUUGUGUAAAAAUCCCAAAUUCAAACAUUCACUGUGAAUUGAUUACACAUAAUUGUGUAUUGCCAUUUAUGGCGUUGCCAGCCUUCAGACAGUUGUCAUAAAAAUUUGUUAUUGCGUUGGUUGGUUGGGUCGUCGUCGUCGUUUUAAUACUCUCGAUACUUGAAAGUUUUUCUCGUACUUUUUUUCUAUCAAUCAAUGCGAAUUUGUGAACACUUGACUAAUUAGACGAGGAUUUGAAGUGAAGUGCUUGCAAUUAAGUGAAACUCGUGGAAUUUCCAUUGAAAACCUAAGUUUGACAUUGAGGCUACAUAAAGUUUUCCAAGAAGAAGGAAUAGCAGCAGCCCUUUGUUUUUGUGUAUGAAGAAAUAAAAGUGGAAAAGAAAUAAAAAAGGUGUUAUUAUUAUUGCUUUCGUUGUUGUUGUUGUUUUUAUUGUGGUCGGUCGUCGGCGACGUUUGCAGUGCUCGUGGUCGGUGGUGUGUAGUGAGUGAGUGAGCAAUGCGUAUGUUUUGCCUCAGUUUCAAUUUCUUUUACUUGUUUUUAUUUUAAAAAAUGAAACAAGAAAAUUACCAUAAAUUGCAAAUAGUGAGAAUAAAAGUGCAUUUGAUGUAAGAAAUCGGGCAAGGAAAUUAGUGGAAAAUUGUCAUUGCAAUAGAAGGGAAUAAACGUAGUAAAUGAAAGAAGGAAAGAAAGAAAGUGAAAAAUAAAGAAGAAAUCAACAAAAAAUAUAAAUUCUCCUUCAAUUGUCACGAAAACUGCUUCUACAAUAACAACUGUUAUUACUCGCUUGCGCUCUCCCUCUCUCUCAACUGUGUGUGACGACUGACAGCAGGCAAACAUUGAAUGUAAUUAGUACACACAAGUGGGAACAGUUUAUGGUUUUGUUAAUAAGGUUUUUGCAAACCAUUUUACUAAAUUAAUGCAUAACUAAUGAAAUGAGACCACAUAAUAUAGCAGGAAUCAACAACAGCAACAACAUUAUGACGUCCAUGACGUUGACGUCACAACAGGAAAUAGAAAAAGGAAAUUACUAAAGACCGACCGACCCCCUACUUCUCAACCCCAAUACACAUCCUAACCAAUUCUUGCCUUGGUGGAAGGGAAUUGUUUGAGAGUAAUCAAAUCAAAUUAUUUGCUUUUAACAAAGAGGCAAAAAGUGGUAGCAGCAACAAGUCAAGAUGUCAGAGGAUCAAGCAUACAAGGACGGUGAUAUUGUGUGGGUGAAACUGGGCAAUAAUUGGUGGCCGGGCGAGGUAAUUGAUGCCACACGCCAUCCUGAUGGUACCGUCAGUCACAUAAAACGUAAACUUUACUGUAUUGUCAAGUUUUUCAAUGAGGAUGCAUACGAAUAUGUUAGCAAUGUCAAACAAAUCUAUCCAUUUCAAAGUGCAAAAAAAGAAGAAUUUCUUAAAAAAGGAUUCUCUCUCUAUAACAGCGGCAAUAAAUUCAUGGAAAAAUUCCCCGAAGAUGUUAAAAUCGCUGAGCGAUUGACACGUCAAAAGACACCAUCUCUAUUCAUAAAUGAUCGUCCUGAUAGCAUUGUAAAGGCGAUUUUGGGACAACCAAUUGUUUUAGGCGGCAGUAGUGAUGGCUAUGGUGGCAGUGGCGCUGAAAGUGUUGGUGGCGGUAACUCAACAGAUUACCGCGAGAAACGUAGAAGCUGUGAAUCGAUAACCAAAAUCAUGAAUAUAACACCAAAUAAACCCAAGAUGGGUUUGCCAUCGCCGUCAUUAUUGUCCAACUCCUCCUCCUUUUCAUCAUCGUCAUCGAAUAAUAAUGCCAAAAACAUAUCAACUGGAGACUCAAUUUCGAAUCGUUUUAAUGUCGGUAACAACAAUGCAAAUAACAACAACAACAAUUAUCGUUGUAAUCUAUGUGGCUUUACCAGUGUCCGGCAAAAUGUUAUGAUAUUGCAUCGUAAAAGUCACAGUAACAGAAAUAGUGGUGGUAUUGGUGGAACCAUGGCAAGUCCACAUCAAAAUAAAACUAAUAUAAUUGAUACAAAUACCAAAGCUAAUAAGAUCAGUGUACUGAAACCUUCCCUACUUUCCACAACAACAACAACUGCAACUUCUAGUACAAGUAUCAAAAUGACUGCUGCGAGUAAAACAUUGAAAACUACUCUUCCUGUUGUAGCUGCUGCUCCUAGAGUCAAAAGCAACAACGACAAGGUGGUUAAUGAGUCUUUCGAUUCAACAAAAGUAUUGCCAGCUUUGAGAUCAGCAGCAACAACAACAACAACUAUCUUGAUCUCAGAUACAUCUUCAAGUGAAUUGGAUGUUUCAUCAAUCGAUGGAACUCUGGCAAGACGCUCGAGGCGCCAUACUCGAACAAGUGCAAGUAAAACGCCACCUCCUGCUGUAGUCGCGGCAAAUACUCCAGCAACAAUAGUUACCCACAAUGUUCUAAAUGGUUCGAAAACCACCAUAAAACCAGCCGAUUUCCUUGAACAAACAAAACCUAUUAAGAAGAUUCCCAAAAAAAGGGAUUUUGCCAGUCUUCACUUACAGGAUGCAAUAGAAAAUGCCGUGGUUUUGGAACAAGAAAUACCACUAGCAGCAGAUAUCAUUGCUGAUGCCGCAACAUCGGAUAAAACAUCAGCCACCGCCACCAAAGGAAAUGCCGAAGAAAUACGAAAUAUGUUAUUGGCCGAUUGGAGUGAUGAAGACGAAACACCAGAUCUUGAAAUCGGUGAUGAUAAAAGAGAAAAAUCAACAAAGAAAGAUACAAAAUGCGCCACAGAUUCAACUGUGGCUACAGCAACAACAUCAACUCCCGACAUGAGGGGUAAAACUCAAAAUACCAGCCGCAUACGUAACAUACCUAAGAAAGAUCGUCGAAAUGUUAUUCUCGAUGACUUUAAUAAUGAUUUGUCCGUUAUAGAGCCUGUGGCAAGCUCGAGUGAAAUUAAUUUGGCGGAUAGUUCGAAUUCUUCUUCCACGGCGGAAGUGGUAGAAAUUGUCGAACAGGAACAACCAGAAGGUGAAACAGAAGCCAUUAUUACCAUAAACGAUGAUGAUGAUGGAGAUGAGAAGGAAGCAGCCUUGCAGGAGGGUAUGGAUAAAUGUAAACCAACAAACCAAGAUAAACACUCGCCACAAAAUGUUGUCACAUCUCGACACAGCGAUUUGGAAAAUCAUGAACCAAAUGAUAAAUCCCUGACCACCUCUGUUCUAUCAUGUUUUGAUUUUCAAGACGAUGACGAGGAUGAGGACAUAGAUGCUGCCACAAAUGUCGUCAACACAUCUGUGGCUCAUUUCAAAAAGAAAUAUCUUUGCAACGAAAAAUCCCUUCAGCCCAUAACAACUAAGGAUGGUGGCGAUAACAACAUGGAUUCCUCCCAUGACAAACAACAACAACAACAACACGAAGAAAGAGCCAAACAAGAUCAAGAUUUAGCCGCCGAAAUAGAAUCGUUGCUGGAACAAACCCAACCUCCAGCUGCUGCAGACUUAAUAAUAAGUCGAAAAGCUAGCUUCGAAGAGGGCAUAGCUGUCAAAGAUUUGCCAAUAAAAGAACGUAGUAAACGCAUAUUUAAAUCUCGCAAUCGUUCAAGGGUUGUGGAAAGUAAAUCCAGCACUGAAUCCCGGACGAAUUCCCUAUCCACAGAUGAGAGCUUAACCAAAGACAAUAGUAGUACAGUAGCAGCAGCAAUAAUGGAAGAUAUUACACCUAAAAAGCCACUAGUGGAAGAUAAAUCAACCAGGAUAUCUUCAGAACAAGACAAAGGUUAUGGGCAGCAGCACAAUGGCAAGAAUAGCAAACCAUGUGAAAGUAUGGUAGGAGAAGCCAACAAUGAAACAACUCCGGAAAAUCUUAUAGAGGCUGCCACCAUACAAACUUUGACGAAGUUGGCAUGGAUAGAGGAAAACGAAACUGAUGACUUUAAUUCGGAGGAAAUGGAUGUGGAAAAGACGCACCUAAAUCCUGGUAAUAAGACCCGCAACAAUUCAUUAAUUUGUCUUGAAGAUGAUAUCGUUGCUAUUAUUAAACAAGAAAAAGUCAAUGCUGAAGAAACGGCUCAAAAGAUUACUACUGCUCAGGAAACUGAAGAGAGGAGUCCAAAAGGUGGAGAUGAAGAUGAAGAUGAAGUUUGUGAAAAUCAGAUUUCAGAUAAUACUCCCGUUACCAAUCAAGAAAUAGAGGUAGAGCAUGAGAGAGCUCAAGGGGCCCCUGUAAUCGAGGAUGAAGUUCUAAAAGAAACUCAAAUCGAGGAAGAAGCUCUCGUCGCUGACAAACCAAUAGAUAAAGUUCAAGAGGUUGAUUUGAAACAAACUAUUUUGGACACCGUUGUCAAUGAGAACGAGGAAGAGCACGAUGAAGCAAUUGAAGAACAUUUGGAUACCCAAAUCACUGAAAUUCCGGUGACAACAGAAGAGAGUGAAAUAACUACUGAGAAUGCCGCUGAAACCCCUGGUAUCACCAUGGCGGAGAAAAAAGAACAUUUCACAUCAGAUGUGGACCAGUUGUUAACAGAAGAUUUGCCCCAGCAGCGGCAGGCUGUAAACACAUCACCGCUCGAUGAAAAUAGUUCAUUGUGUGCCUCGGAUACCGGUGCUGAAUUCGGUUCGCCUGCAUCAAUGUUAAGUGAGGAACGUUUACCAGCUUAUCCCUUUAGUCGCAAUGAAACACCCCAGCCAAUGGAAGGCAAUGAAAUCGCUUUGGCAGAGAGUGAAUCAAAUGAUGAUGAUGCCAAGAAGCAACAAUCGGAAGUAAAGGAAGCGGAAAUUAUAGAAUCUAAAGCAAAUGACUGCUCAGAGACCAAAGAAAAUGUUUUAACCACAAAAAAUAGGCGGAGACGUCUCCGUGGCUGUAAAGCGAAUUCCUCCAAACGUAAAGAUUUAUUGAAAAAAUCGGCCGAACGUUUGAAAAAUUCGCAUCAGGAGGAAGUGGCUAAAGAUUUUGUGGAUAGCCAAGAAGUGCUAAGUGCAGAUACAAAUUCCAUACAAGACAAGCCACAACGACAACAAGAAGAAGAUGAAGAAGCUAAGGAAGAAACAAAUUAUUGUGAAACAACUAGUCAAGAAGAUACCGAGAAGAGCAAGGACGAAGAAGAAGAAGAAGUAAACCCUUCGCUAGAGGUAAAUUCAAGUGAAAAAGUAAACGAAGAAGUAUCUGAAGACUGUAUUGGUGAGAGCAUUAGCUGUGCUAAAGAUGCUUCCACGGAUGCCGUGGAAAAGGGAGUGGAAAUUUGUGACACCAUUGAAAAUACAAAAGAGGCAUCUAUUGAGACAUUUGAAAAGAGUGCUAAAGUAUCUGAUGAAAGAGAAAGUCCCAUAAUGCUUCAAGAAUUCUUAGAUCAAGACGUUCCUAAUAAAAAGCCUGGAAAUCAAACUUCAAAUGAUUCCAAUGAAACAGAAUCUGAAACAAUGCAUAUAAAUGAUAAAAUUGAGGAUUCUGAGACUAAUGACAAUGUUCUUAACAAAGCAGAUAUAAAUAAUGCGGCACUUGAAAAAGUAGACGAAGAUAAUCUACAAAUUCCUAUGGAGAUGUCAAAAUGUAUCAAAGACUUGAAGGAAACUAAUGAUGAUGAGGAGGAGAUUGUAACAAAAGAACUUGGAGCUCAAAAAUCUAAGGAGGAUGAAAACCAAUUAGACAAUGAAGCAAAUGAACUAAGGAAUGAUGAUAUGCAAUUGGAUGAUAUAUUAUCUAAGAAAGAGAAUAGUGAAAGUUCCAUGGAAUAUGGCAAAGAAAUAGACACAGCAAUUCUCAAUGAUUCCGCCGCCGUAACAUCAUUGGAAAGUAAGAAAGUUUUAGGAACUGAAGCUGAAGCAAUUCAAGUAGAAGAUAUUACUAAAAACGCUGAAGACAAGGAGGAGGAAAAAGGAAAUGAUAUGAAAGCAGACGAAUCUAAAUUGGCCGAUGUUCUUUUGGAAAGCCAGAGAAUUGUUGAGGCAAUUGAUGCCCUCGAAGCCAAUAUGCAAAAGAAAUCGGAAAUUGUUACAAAUUUGGCAGAAAAUGAGGAUAUUAUGGAAACCCCAACAGAUGAAAAGAGUCAUACAAAAACACCAAAGAAACGAGGAGGAGAUAUAAUAAUGCCAAUAAAAUCCAAACAAAGAAAACAGGAGGAGGAGGAGGAGGAAGUUGCACUUGAGGUAGAAACAUUGACAAAUGAUUUAAAUAAAGAAGAGAUUUUCACUGAGUGUGAGAAGGACAGUCUUAAAGAAACUGAGGAGCCGCCAGAGUCCAAAAAAAUGGUCGAGGACCAAAACAUGGAAUCGAUUACAACGACAAAUGAAAAUCUUCCUACAUUGGAGGAUGCCACUGACUCGGACAUUAAAGAAAACAAAGAGGAAGAAACGUCAUGGCCUAUUGAAGAAACAGAGAUAUCAGCAAUUAUUGAGAAGGCCUUAUCAUCUGAAAGUCAUAAAGCUACAAUCGAUGGCAAGGAUGCAGAGGCAAGCAGGGAAGAAAGGAGUGACCCGAAGUACGACCACAAUUCACAAACCGUAAACGAAAAGAAAAACGACGAAAGUGAAGCCACCACAAAACCAAACCCCUCCACCACCGAAGACCUAUCCAUGGAAUCCUUAAUGGAAAAAACAACAACAGACUAUCUCAAGGAAUUCGAUAAACUAAUGAAUCAAAACCAAGAACAAAACGUUGACAACGAAAAUGAGGAAAUAAUGAAAAAUAUCAUCAUUGAAGUUCAAAUGGACAACAAUGUAUGCAGGAGGAUCGAUACAUUGGGAUUCACAGAAACAAUUGGGGACAAUGAAUCAAAAUCCGCAACUAGUCAAAAGCCCACAGUUAGCAAAACAAUCAAACGACGAAAAACAAUAUGUUUCGAUACAUCGGUCAGGCCAAGUUCUCGUAAGGGCCCGGUUUAUGAUUUUGAAGAAUGCCCGCCAACAACUACCACCUUUGCCACAGCCACCACCACGACGACAAGCAGAGCGCUGAAAAUGAAACCACUUAAACGUACCGCGGAACGUAAAAUGACAAUGCCGGACAUUGAUAGGACAACAAGACGCUGUGAAUUUGCCAGGGAAUUGAAAACGACAUGUAAAUCCAGGCGUGGAUCGUCCCUUGAAGAUAACAUAACAUCAUUUCUACUACAUCGUCCUUCGAGCGGAACGCACGACGAAGACGAUCUGGUUCAGGACUUGUUUUCCGACGAUACUUCGUCACGAUUAUCAAUGGAUGCAGCAAACGUAAACACAGCGGAAAUUCAGCCUCGUAAACUUUCCACCCUUCACGAAGCAAAACAACACAACAGAAAUUCAACGACGGCAGAUUCCAAUGCCCCAACAAAAACACCCAAUGGCCGUAACAUGAAAAGGAAAGCGUCUCAGAACAAAACAAUUAGCCAAAGAUCAGUUGCCGAUAAUCACCCACCACAAAAUAAAAUGGCUCGAGAUGUUACAGCGACACAAUCAGAUCACUUGAAAAUCUCUGACAAUCAAAUAACAACAGCGCAACAACAGCUAAUGCAAUUACAACAACAACAGCCACAAAAUCAAUCAUCGUCAAUUAUUCUAAAUACCCAAACGAGUCGAACGCGAAAACCCCAUAAAACAACAGCAGCUGCAACGACGACGGGUCAUAACCAACAGCCGCCGCCACAAAAUGGAAAUCAAUUAGUGGUGCAACAACAACAAAUGCAGCAGCAGCAACAACAAGUGAUCACUCAAUUAGCAAGUCCACAAAAUAUUGUACUACAACCUGUACUACCCCAACAAGCCAACGAAGGUUUCAUCAUAACAACGGCUGGCUCACGAGAAGAUGAAAACGUCAUCGAUUCGAAUACCCAAUUAAUAGCUUUACCAACACAACCGUAUCCCGGUUAUACGGAAACAUUUUUACUCUGCAAAGUUAAUGGCAAUACCUGUAAACCUGUCGACAAUGUACCCUUGUAUUUGAAUCAUCAACUGAACGAAUUGGUUCCCAUACCAGCUGAAGUAUUAGAAGCGGGGCCCAAACUUAUUGUGGCCGAUACGAGUCUAAACGAUUCCAAAGAAGAAGAAGAAGAAGAUGGUAAUACUCAAGAAGCAAUAAUGGAACAAAAUAAAUCGCAUCAUAAUGUUCUUCAUCGGGGCGGCCAUAAAAAUGACAAUUCUCCGGGAAUACAUAUUGCGAAUGUUACUGCGGACGAGGAGGAUGGAGACGAAGAAGAUGGCGGCGUAGAGGGAAGUGAUGUUGGUGGUACUGGAAUUCAGCAAGAUUUCAUGGAUGAUAUUACCGAGGCUAAUACAAAUGCAACCAUGGAGUGUACAGAGGACACAGCCAACAAUGGUAUCCUCCUAAAUAUUGAGGGACAACAAGUGCUAUUGGAUGCAGCAACAUUUGCCCAUCUUUUAGCCAAUCCAGAUACAAAUACUCAACUUAUAUCCGAAGAUGGUACAGAAUAUGUUCUAACCCAUGAAGUAUUACAGGCACUUUAUAUGCAGCAGCAACAACAACAGCAACAACACAACCACGAACAACAAGUGCUGGAAAUUGCAAAUGCGGCUGCUGGCGCUGGUGUCAACAAUGAUAUUAUUGCCGUUGCCAUGGCUGGUUCCGAUUUAUAUGACAAUGGCGUCUUAACAAUUGAUACAACCCAGGCAUUACAGCUAAUUGAGGAUGGCGGCGGUGUUGUUGAUAGUCCUGUGGAUGGUGUGAUAUUUCAACAGGCUACACCCACCGCAGCGGCGCCACUAGUACCACCACCACAUCUAACCCCACCUGCUGUUGUCACCAAUGCGGUAUUGGAUCAAUCGCCAAUUAUGUCAACACUGGAAGUACCAACGAACAGUCGAACACAUUGUAUAAGUGUACCCUCUACCAUGGCCAUGGUGGCACCCUCAAAUGUGGUAAUGGGUGAAGUUGGUGGUACACCGACCAACUUGGAUGAUAGUCUAGCUGCUAUUGGUGUAACGGCCCAAUCAUCGUCCAUAUCGUCUUCGUUGGGCCUACCCAUAACCGUGACAGAUCCAAAUAUUGCCUCAAAGGUAACAUCGGCUGGGCCACUUAAUGAGAUAUUGCAAUUUGUAUCGCAUCGACCGGCCACCAGCCAGGCAACAGCAGCUGCCUUGGCUACGGCGGCUCUAGCAGGUGAAUCACGUAUUUUCAAUGACUAAAAUCAGGCCUAAGCAGAAAUGUAUAUAGAAUGGAGAUCCUAAGAAUAAUUUUGUUAUAAAAAAUUUCGCACAGUUUAAAUGAAUUUGAAUUAAUACAAUACACAGACAUAUA